AGCCACGCAAAAUCUAUUCUAUCCCUUUCUGCCAACUUCCGCAACUGUACCCCUUUUCACCGUUAAUAAUCCCCAAAUAUUGUAUAACAAAAAUUUCUCGCUUUCGAUCUGCUCUUCUACCCUCCCCGAACCCUAAUUUCACCGUUUCUCUCUCAGCUCGGAAUGUCAUCAGUGUCCAGCCAGCCGCAGUUUCGGUAUACCCAACCUCCGUCCAAGGUUCUCCAUUUAAGGAAUUUACCAUGGGAAUGUACUGAAGAGGAAUUGGUCGAGCUGGGGAAGCCAUUUGGUAAGGUUGUCAACACAAAGUGUAAUGUUGGAGCAAAUAGGAACCAAGCUUUUAUUGAGUUUGCAGAACUAAAUCAAGCUAUUGCUAUGAUAUCAUAUUAUGCAUCAUCAUCUGAGCCUGCUCAGGUACGAGGGAAAACCGUCUACCUACAAUAUUCGAACAGGCAAGAAAUAGUGAACAACAAAACUACUGCAGAUGUUGCUGGAAAUGUACUCUUGGUAACAAUUGAGGGAAAUGAUGCACGUCUUGUCAGUAUUGAUGUCCUACACUUGGUAUUUUCAGCCUUUGGGUUCGUUCAUAAAAUUACAACUUUUGAGAAGACUGCUGGGUUUCAGGCUCUGGUGCAAUUUUCAGAUUCAGAGACUGCCUCUGCUGCCAAGGAUGCUCUUGAUGGUAGAAGCAUACCAAGGUAUUUGAUUCCAGAGCUGGGGCCGUGUUCGCUUAGGAUAACAUAUUCCGCGCAUACAGACUUGAGUGUAAAAUUCCAGAGCCACCGUAGUAGGGACUACACCAAUCCUCUGCUCCCUGUUGCUCCGUCAGCUAUAGAUGCAAGUGGACAGUUUAGUCUAGGAGUUGAUGGUAAAAAAAUGGAGCCUGAGAGUAAUGUUCUACUUGCUUCAAUCGAAAACAUGCAAUAUGCAGUUACCUUGGAUGUUUUACAAACGGUUUUUUCAUCAUUUGGGCCUGUCCUAAAAAUUGCCAUGUUCGAUAAGAAUGGUGGUCUCCAAGCGUUGAUCCAGUAUCCAGAUGUCCAGACUGCUGUAGUUGCAAAGGAGGCCUUAGAAGGACAUUGCAUAUAUGACGGAGGAUACUGCAAGCUUCAUAUCUCAUAUUCUCGCCACACUGAUCUCAGCAUAAAGGUUAAUAAUGAUAGAAGCAGAGACUACACCAUCCCAAAUACUCCAGUUCUAAAUUCUCAACCCUCAAUUUUAGGACAACAACCAUAUAAUGUUGGAGGCCCAGGUGUUCCUGCUUACAACGGAACACAAUAUGCUCCAGGUCCUGAUCCUCAUGCAGUGCCUCCGCCUCAUUCAACGGGCUGGAACCCAGCGAUGCCUCAGCAAAUGCAUAAUUACCCAUACGGAGGCCCCCCAUCAAUGGGCCCUGGGGCAGUACCAUCUCACCUCCAAAUUGGGCAACCACACUCGUCUCCGAUGCGCCCAUAUCAUCAUCAAUAGCAUGGUUAAAAAAUCAUUGUGCAAUAUCACAGGAGCUCCAAUCUUUCUUUCACUGGACACGGGAAGAAGUGCUUUGUGGGUUAAUGGUAUUGCUGUUUUGCAUAUCCAUAUCGUCUUACUUCGAGUUAUAAAAAAGCAAGAUUCUGGUAGUCGGGGACUUAAUUGUGCUUCCCUCCUUGAUUGGUGGUGUUCCUUGGAAUGUUGACUAUCUUCUUUUGAGUUUUGUUCGCAUUUCUUGUAAUUUCUAUUUGCUGUACAUCGUAGUUUAAUUAAAUAUAAAUUCAAAAGAGCAAGUGCAACCGUGUGCAGUUUGCUAGUAAUUGAUUGGUUUUAUCGAGUUCAA